GAUCCGAUUUUCCCCCCCCCAGAUCUGACUAAACUAGACCAACCCCAAUUUCUAUAUUAGAUUUUGUCAUUGCUUUAGCUCCCUUAGUUACCCAUUUCCUUUUCCCAUUGCGACUCUGUUAUUAGAUCGGCUUAAACCCAGUAAACAAGGAAAUUAAAAGAAACCCAUUUGUUUCUUGUUUCACGGAAUUGUUUUGAAGUUGAAUUAUUUAAGAGUUAACGUGAUCCGAUUGGAUAUUUUGGGAUUUAUAUUAAUUAGAUCUGGAUUAAGGGUAUUUUAGUUCAUAUAUGUUGUUUUAGUAGUCUGGGUUUAUUGUUGAAUUGGUUUACGGAGCUUUUUUCUAUCCCUCAAUGGCAAUGCCAUCGGGAAGUGUAGUUUUGUCUGAUAAAAUUCAGUUUCCUGGGCCUGCAGCUGCCGGAUAUGUCGGUGGCCGUGGAUCCGGUGGAGGAGGAGAGAUCCAUCAGCACCAAUUCCGGCAAUGGCUCCCCGAUGAACGUGACGGCUUUAUCUAUUGGUUGCGAGGGGAAUUCGCCGCCGCCAAUGCCAUGAUCGACAUUCUCUGUCAACAUUUGCGCGAGGUCGGUGGCGUUGGGGAGUAUGAAGCUGUCAUAGCUUGCAUUCAACAAAGGAGAUGCCAUUGGAACCCCGUGCUUCAUAUGCAGCAAUACUUCUCGGUCGCCGAAGUUUCGCAGGCGCUCCAACAGGUCGUGUGGAGCCGGAGACAAAGGCAUUACGAUCAAGAGAAAGUUGGGGGGAAAGAAUUUAGAAGAUCCGGCACCGGGUUUAAGGGACAUAGGAUAGAGGUAGCUAAAGAUGUGCAGAAUUCUGGGGUGGAUAGUGAUGGAAAUUCGACUGUGGCCGCAGUUUCGGACCGGAACGAGGCUGUCACCGAGGAUAAGAAUGAUGUUGUCUCCAAACCUCGUGCUGAUAGCGGCUUAAUAAAUUCAGGGUCUUCGAAGGGAACUGCAUCCGAAAAUACAGAAUUGAGAACUGAGGAUGUAAAUGGAGGAUACACCUUGAGCUGUAAAGAGAAAGAUCUACAUUCCUCCCAAAAUCAGAAUGGAAAGCAGAAUGUUACGGGUCCAAAAACUUUUGUUUGCAACGAGAUGUUUGACGGAAAGACGGUCAAUGUGGUGGAUGGGCUAAAAUUGUACGAGGAACUGUUUGAUGAGAAGGACGUUUCGAAUCUUGUCUCGUUGGUAAAUGAUUUAAGGGCAACGGGGAAAAGAGGGGAACUUCAAGAUCCGACAUAUGUGGUUUCGAAAAAGCCAAUUAAGGGACAUGGUCGAGAGAUGAUCCAGUUGGGCCUUCCAAUCGCGAAUGCUCCUCUAGAUGAUGAAACUGCUGCAGGGACUUCCAGAGAGCGGAGAAUCGAAGCCAUUCCUUCCUUGCUGCUAGAUGCUAUUGAUCGUUUGGUCGACUUGCAAGUUAUAACUGCAAAGCCGGACUCUUGCAUCAUCGAUGUUUAUAAUGAGGGGGAUCAUUCACCACCUCACAUGUUGCCAUCUUGGUAUGGAAAACCGGUUUGCAUCGUGUUCUUGACCGAGUGCGAUAUUACUUUUGGAAGAGUUGCUGCAUUCGAUCAUCCUGGGGACUUUAGAGGCUCUCUAAAGCUUUCUCUUGCACCGGGUUCCCUCCUUGUGAUGCAAGGAAAAUCUUGUGAUUUCGCUAAACAUGCGCUUCCCUCCGUCCGAAAACAACGCGUACUCAUCACAUUUACAAAGUAUCAACCGAAGAAAUUCGUGACCGACAACCAGAGGUUUCCAUCGCCUUCGGUUUCUCAGCCUUCAAAAUGGGGUCCUCCUCCUAGUAGAUCACCCAACCAUUUUUGCCCUUCCGUUGGUGCCAAGCCAUAUACAGCAAUACCAACAUCGAUAGUACUCCCAGCCACACCAAAUCACCCACAAAUCCCACCUCCGAACGGUGUUCAGCCUCUAUUUGUGCCCACUCCAGUUUCUCCUGCAAUGUCAUUUCAUGCUCCGGUUCCCAUCCCACCUGGUUCGACGGCAUGGCCGGCCCCUCCUUCAAGGCACCCUUCACCUCGCCUACCUAUUCCUGGAACCGGAGUUUUCCUUCCUCCACCAGGCUCUAGUAAUCCAUCAUCGCAAGAGUUAACUACUGCAACCGAACUCAAUGUUCCGGCGGAGACAGCUUCCCAACCAGAAAAAAGAGAAGUGUAACGGAAGCGUAGACGGAUUCGGGAAUGCGGUAUAGCCGUGAAGGAAGAACAAACGGUAAGGUCGAGCAAAGCUGCUACUAGUUAAGUUCAGAGAAAGGUAGGCUAUGAAGUGCAAUGAGUUUAAAGAGCGGCUACAUUCGAAACUUUCAAGUUCUUUUUUCGGUUAUCUUAUUAAAUGAAAUCACAUGGUAGGCGGAAACUCCAUUGUUAAUUUGACUUUGGUCCUUAUAAUUAUCUGGUUUACAAGUUUUGUUACGAAA